ACCUUAAAAGCAAACCACUCUCAUUCUCUCGUCUCUUUCUCUUUAACAAAACCAUACCCAUUCUCUUUACCAUUUCUAGAGUCAAGUAAAGGAAAUGAAGCUUCAAAAUCUCAUGAACUCUGAAGAAAAGGGAACGAUGAUCAAAGAGGCAGCUCAUAUUGUUAAUGAAAACUCUGUUUUUCAGGAAGAAACUCAACUUACUGUUCGGAAAACUUCUUUAUUUUCUCCCGGUGAUGGUUUCUCUGUCUAUGACUGUAAAGGAGAAGUUGUUUUCAGAGUUGAUUCUUAUGGUCAUAGUGGUCAUGAACAAGAUGAACUUGUUUUAAUGGAUGCUUCUGGCAAGUGUCUCUUAACUGUUCGCAGAAAGAGACCAAGUUUACAUCAUAGAUGGGAAGGAUACGUUGGAGAAAGAAGGGAGGGACAAAAACCAAUCUUCAGUGUAAAAAGAUCAUCAAUCAUAGGAAAAUCAAGUGUAACGGUAGAAGUAUACAAUCACCAUGAUCAUGUAGAAGAAUAUCAAGUUGAUGGUUUGUUUUCACAGAGGUGUUGUACUUUUUACAACACAUCAUCAGUUAUGAGUAAAGAAGUAGUUGCAGAGGUAAAAAGAAAAGUAGAUGCUGCAAAUAAUGUGCUACUUGGGAAAGACGUUUUUACUCUUUGUGUUAAACCUGGUUUUGAUGCUGCUUUUGCUAUGGGUUUAGUACUUGUUCUUGAUCAGAUCAAUGGUAAUACUUCUAGUUCUGAUGAUGAUGAUGAUGGUUCUGAAGAAAAUUUAGUCAGUAGUGUUCUUGAUCCAAUCACUACAAUUAAUGAUGAUAAGUGUAAUAAUAAUAAUCAUGUAAGUCCUGAUUCUCACAUUUAAUUUCAAGGCAUCUUAUUAUAUGUCAGGGAAUCUCUUUUCUUGUUUCAUCUGUAUAAAUAUUUGAGUUAUUCUUGAUUAGUUUUUACACCGUAAGGAGGUUAUUGAUUAAAUAAAGGCUUGAUUUAGGA